AUGCUGGCAAGUCAGCAACGAAGAGCCGCGAAGAGAGCAGCUCUGCAGGAUGUUAUGAUGAUGAAAGGAUAAGAAAUUUGAUUCUUUCGUUUGUUUGAAGGGUUUAUGUACUAGAAGCGCAAUCAGGCUCACGUAACUGAGUAAUUCAAUUUUUGUUCAACGGUCAUGUCUCAGUAUCGACGUCACUGAAAAUUCUUCAGUACUUCAUUGACCUCCACGUAAGUACUAGUCUUGCUACAACAUUAUACUAUUUACCCGUGAUAUUCGAGUAUAUAAUCAUUUGAUUCCCCAUGUUCAUGCUUCCAGCUGCAUUGAAGAAAAGAGAGCUAUCCGAGUCACGCAAAAACGCUCAGAAGGAUCCCCUGGGCAAAAAUGCGCAGAAGCUGUCCGCCCUCGUCAAGAGCAUUCCUAACAAUGUCCACCUUCAACACAAAUUACAGCAACCAGCAGGCGUCCUAAGCCUGGCCGUUUCCGCACAUCGACCGCUGUUUCAGACGGGCACUGACAAUGCUUGCCUUAGUUUUUCCGAUUUCGUGGACGCUUAUUGCGGUGGUUCUGAUAGUCGCGAACUGAACAAGACUAGUUCUAAGAAACUAAGUCCUUUGUCACUACAGAAGCAACAAACGACAACAACUCUGGACGCUUUUUUUGUGCAAGCAUUUUCCAAGCGGUGUGGCAUUCGACCGAAGAGGAAAGGGGGACUGGAGAAACGCUUAAACGAAAUCCUCGACGACUUCACCGAACGGGCUGCACCGUUGUCGAAAGUUAUGAACGCUAGCUGUGAGUAAUUGCUUAGCUGGUUGUAAUAUAUCGCUUCCCAAUUCUGCAGUAAUGAAAUAGUGGUCCGUAGAAGAGUCAAUGUAUGUGGUUGGACAAUCCCAGACAACAUCAGGGGUUUGUCCAGUUCUGCUUCCUCUACUGCCGCAUAAUAUGUACUAGCUUCCUCUACUGCCGCAUAAUAUGUACUAGCUUCCUCUACUGCCGCAUAAUAUGUACUAGCUUCCUCUACUGCCGCAUAAUAUGUACUAGCUUCCUCUACUGCCGCAUAAUAUGUACUAGCUUCCUCUACUGCCGCAUAAUAUGUACUAGCUUCCUCUACUGCCGCAUAAUAUGUACUAGCUUUCUCUACUAUCGCAUAAUAUUUACUAGAUUCCUCUACACGCCAUCUAGUGGUUUCUAAUUCAUGUUUGUGAAGUAGAAAUGAGAAAGGUCAUCAACAUCUACAAACCAUAGUUUAGCAUCUACUUAUGUUAUUGAAUAACUAAUUUCUCUCCCCACAUACAGGUGUUCUAAUUUCUUUCCCCACAUACAAGACGCAGACAAGAUCCCGCAAAGGCAUCUGCCGAAGUCCGACAAGUUGAAGACUAUCGGUAUCAUGAUACAUCGAAAGGCAGGUCGAAAAGUGCUGCCAUCUGGGACAUCUGGCUUCUCUAAGAUUAUGGUCAGCGUGUCUUCAGCCUACUACGAUACUAUCUUCAUCUUGGUAGUACCCGCCUUCCGCAAUAGAGUACAAGGGUGAAGUUACCAAGAUCAUCUUGGUACCCUUCCCCAAUAGAAAUGUGAUGCAAGGGUGAAGUUACGUCCCCAAUACUAGACAUAGAAGACAAGGGAGGUGACUUCUGAGCAGACAUAGAAGUCAAGUACCAAGUAGAUAAGAGCAGUCUUCUGCAUUACAGUCGCUAAUAUGAAGGGUGAUGGCAUUAAAGACGAGGACGACUCUCCAGAUGGGUGGAUCUCCUCUAGAAAUAAGAGCUCUAGCAAAGAGCAGGAGCAGCAGCCGUUAGCUAUACUUAAGGCUUAAUGCAAUUCAUUGUCAUUUCUACAAAGGUAUUUGAUUUCUUCGUAAAUACAUUCUACAAAAGUCUUUUCUUAUUUAUUCGUUUGAUUUCUCCCUAGGUGGUAUGAUUUCGUUCUGAGGACGAUUGGGAGAUGAAACUCCCUAUAAUUUGUUUCCUUUCCAGUAUUAGUACUAGGGAGAAAUGUAAUGUAGGCAAGAAGAACCGAAUUGCUUUGUUGAGCUCUAAGAUACGGGAAAAGUCAACUGAAAAAGAAAAUGAUACCCCUGUCGGAGGAGAUGCCAGGUUGAGGUUUAGAAGCGGAUCUAGCAAUAGUUUGGACGAGCAAACCCCGAGGGAAGGGACCAAUGGUAAAGAUGGUAAAGAUGUGACUCUCUCGUUUGUUGUUUCGGCAACAGAUGCUCCUUCGAAAGACGUUGAUAAACGGGAUCCAACAGCUUCUCAUAACCAGAACGAAGCUAGUAGUAGUACUGGACAUUUUCCAUUAAGGUCAACAUUUACUGUCCAUCUUUCUCGGCAUCUCGGUACCCUUAUUUUGUUCCCCUGUAUUAUUCCUAUGAAAUGAUACAAGGGUAGUAAAGGGGUCAAGAUGAGGGAUCUCCGAGAUGCAACAAUCGAGUCGCAGACUCUAAAUCAAGAGGAGCCGGAGUCGAAGCAGGAGGAGAAUUUUGUAGUACCUCUCCCCCCAAUGGACUGGGGGUCGGCUGAGAAAGCGGAUUUUUUAGAGCGUAGUUUGGAACUUCUGUGGCGCUUAGCCCCACCUGAAAUGCGGUUUCGAUUGCCACAAUUGUUGAAGUUAUUUCGCUGUUUUUCUACCCAAACUAAGUCUAAGUAAUGAAGGAAAAUAUGAGGAAAUAAUUACUCCGUGGAGGUGGGGAUCGAAUCAGGUAUCUUCAACUGUUUGUUGUAGAGUAUACAGGUCCAGUAGCUAUAAAACUUCUUCUAGUAAGAUGUGGUCAUACAACAUCACAGUAGGAGGCCGUAUGUAGGUUUUUGUACUUACAUUAUUCUUCUAAUCACUACUGUGUUUUGCCCUUGGUGGAGUGCUGACGCCGUGGAUUUGAUGAGCAGUCCCUUGGUCUGUUUCGGCUUGACCUACAUGGGGCAUGACCGUGUUUACGCUCUGCAGCGGUGUCUAAUAGCGUUUUCGGAAACCGAGGGAGACCGUGGCGCUGAGGUCGAUGUAGCAACAAAUGAGAAAGAGGUAAAAUCAGAUUGAGAAUUAGAUAGAUUUUGACGGCAUAUUGAGGUACUUGUAGAGUAGAAAGUCAAUUUAUGGCAUGAAGGUGUUGUGGCAUACUCGAGAAGCAUGAACUGGAAGAACGAGCAUACACAGACCAUUAAAGAGCCUAGUAUUCUGGUUCCUUCAUUAAGAAAAUGAAAAUUUUCAUCACACCAACUCCACCAAACUAAACCAGCUCGCUGCCCUCGCCCGUUUGCGCUCCGCGUAUAAGGCUUUGAAUUUGCCGGAUCCAGUAUUUGAAGAGAAGAAAAGCACCUACCACGUCAAAGUGAAGCAGUAUCUGCUGAGCCGCAUCAGCAGGCUGGCCUUGAUCGAUGUCGCGAAGUUGGCGUGUGAUGUGAAUUUUAUGACGCUAAAGGAAGUCUUUUCACAUUAGACACUCAUAAGUGCCUACGUACUUCUUAAUCUCCAUCGAGUGUCCUUUUCAAGUUGACGGUUAUCCAGGGUUCGCGUAUUGGAGUAGUUGAUGGAGUGAUCUUGAUCUUGUAUCCGCGUAUUACUUAUUCUAGAAGAGGACCAGAAGUUAGCAUGUUGUAGCUGUACGCAUAAUUGUGCAUGGGUUGUGCGAGGUAGACUAGUUCUUGUGACCCGUUGUACUACUUAUUCUUUAAUCUUCCUUCCACCACUUGUUCCACGGUUGUAAUAGAUCGCUGAAGAGUACCACUUAAUAUUCUUUAAUCCUUCCACCACUUGUUCCACGGUUGUAAUAGAUUCUUGCGCUCAAGAAGGAAGGCUAGUUGUAGUACAUGGAAGACUCGUUCAGCUUGUGAGGUAGAGUAUCUUCCACUUUAGAGAGUAUCUUUCUAAUUUUUCCACCACUUCCACUUUGCCGGCAUUCGGGACCCUGCCUGAGCCGGAAGAGGCGCUACAGAAAGUCCUGAAACUCGAACGGAAGCUGCUGGAUUUGUUUAAUUUGGGAGAAUUACGCCUCUUGCUGACCAACGAGGAACUUGAGAGGAUCGAAGAUUAUCGACAGAAACUUGUACUUCUCAACUUUGUUAAAGUUAUUCUUCAUCUAGGUUUAGACCAUAAUUGUUGAUGUAGGUGAGGUGCUUUUUUUAUUUAAGCUAGAACUAGAACGUUGUAGGUCAGUUGCUUUUCUUGUUUGUUGUUUUGGUUUUUACAAUAAGUGACGAUCAAAUGUAAUCUUUUUUUGUGGAAUUUAACAGCUAACGAAAAUUAAGAACAGAGAUCAUUUUCACGUCAUCAUUUAACAACAACAAAAAUAAAUCGAAAUAAACAGCUUGGGAUGCGUGACAGCUUGCGGACUGCAGUAACUGACGUCGGGAGGAUGUUGGACUUAUGCCAUGAACCCUGAACCUUGUACAACUGUGGCACUUGAUGCUGCAGUUCAAAUGGAACUAUUUGUUUAAAAUUCCUGCUAUUCCUCGUCGAUCAGUACUAGAAUUGAGAUGUUGACUCUUUGACUCUUUGAUGUUUCGCAUUUCUAAUAGCAAACACAAUGAACACGAUCCGGCAAGAUGCGGUGAGGGAAUUGAGAGCGGAGAAGAUUUUGACCCAGGCUGGUCGUCAGGAUGAAACGGAGACUCGAUCGACGUACCUGUCUCCUCUUUGGGCGUACGAGGUCACUCAGCGCGAGCAGCAACGUGAUAUUGAUAGUAACAGAGGCAGAAAACGAGAACGAGGAGAGCGUGGUAUUGAUAGUAAUAGAGGGGAAGAGCUUCAGGAUGGUGACGACGAUCGUUCCAGACGAGGUCGCUCGGGCCGUCGUCAAGGGACUGAGCGUGAUGGUCGUAGAAACAAGGUGAAUGAACAAGGUGAAAGGCCCAAAGACCACAGUGGCAACAAAGAUCAUAGGCCAAGGGACACUGGUUUAUGAUUGGAUAUGGAUUUAGUUGUUUUCUCGUGGUAAGGAAAAUAGUAGGUAGUUUUUUUUUCUUAUUCCUCUGGAUUACGUAUAAGUGAGGUGACGACGACCUAAUGCUUUCAUCAUCAUAGGUCCAGUUUUUACACUUAUAUAUAAUAUUAUGAACUGCAAUGUCUGUAGUUGCAGUGACGUCCUUUACACAUGCAUAUUAGGUAGGCUUUACAGCACAUGUUGCUUGCACUUGCUUCGCUAAGAAUCGAGGACAAGUCAUCA